GUCAAUCUCGCGUCCAGUGACCGGGGAUUAAACAAUGAAGUCCCCGCGUUUAUAUAACGCGUUUCUUCUAGGCCUCGACGUGCCUGUCAAGUGACUCGAUGUUCGCCAGACGGCCUGCCUACUUAAAGACUGCUGCUGUUGUUGCUUCUGCCGUGGGCCUGACUGCAGUGGGUAUCAACAAAGCAUUCAUCAACUCGCCACGGGGACUUCAACAGUUGGUUUGGAAAGUAGAUCAAAGAAUUCUGUUCCGAGGUAUGGCUACAGCAAGUACAGUUAAGCUUGAUGCCGGGGUGCAACCGGAGUUUUUCGUGAAAGGCAUUACGGAUGAGAGCGCAAGGAUUACAAGCGACUUGUUGCAGGAGAACCAUGACAAGCACCAUAUUUUCUUCAAUCGAGGUGGCUUUCACAACCACAUCGUACAUCAUCUCCUAACCCUCUUCGCUCUCAGGGCUACACCAGAGGAGAUCAGGCGCGGAUACAAUGAGAACAAGUACUAUCAACGGCCGCCAGGAGACCUGAAGAAAGCGAUAGUGGAUGAUAUGCACGAUCCAGCAAAGUUCAAAACAUACUUGGGAAAGGAGCAAUACUAUCAAGACUUCCUCCAGUACUUCCGGGAUGAGAUCAGCAAGAAAGGCUGGGAGACCGUGCUAAAUGACGAGCUCUUCAAAGGCGACGAGCGCGCAGACGACAUGCUGGCACGCCUCUAUGGAGGUUUCCUCCACCCCAUCAUUCAUCUCGGCUUUGGCGUCGAAUUCCGCCAGCCCGCCAUCAUCGCCGAGGCACUCGCCCAAACGGCAGUCCAUGACAACUGGAUGCUGCCCUUCUUUCUCGACGCUGAAAAGGCCGCACAGACAUCAGACGCGAAGCCUCAGGACACGAAGACCAUCGUGCAGCUCCUCAACGACAUUCGCGCAGACAAAAAGCUCUCCUCCGCAGCGCACUGGAGCGACGGAAAUAAAAUCCGCGACGGCAUCUUGAAGCGCGCGCCCGACGAGAUGCUCAAGUACGCCAGCCAAUACGUGAUCUCCGAGUCGCAGCUCGAGGAGAAGACUGCGGAGAUGAUAAAUGCAGCUGUAUUCUACACCGCGGCCGCCCAGCACCCUCCCAACGUCCCCAAGUUCGACUUCUACUACAUCCACGUCACAAACGCCUCCAUCUUCUUCUCCACGUUCCUUGCCCUCUCCUCCCUCACCUCCGCUACAAAGCGCCGCCUCCUAGAAUGGAAGGUCCGCUCCGACCUCGCCAUGUACGCCAGCCGGGCAUCCCCAGCUCUCCUCAUGGACGAUCUCAUCACCUACAAGACCACGGACAAAGACGAUUCGUGGGAACGUGUCAUCGAGAGGGUUAACGCGCUCUCGGAUGACGGGCACGCGAGCAAGUUGGUGAGAGCGCUGGCGCACGGCGAACAGGUGUGCAAGAAGUUUGAGGGGAAGGAGGGAUUCGUGGUGCAGGGGGACAUGUGGAAGCGCCUGGGUAAUAUGGCGGUCGAUAGCGUCGAGGCUGGGGGGCCGACGUGGGUGCGGAGUGCAGGUUUCGAGGAAGCGUGGAAGGAUGUCCCGGUGAGGCAGGGGUUGAGAGCGAGGGUGUAAGAUACGUUCAAUGUGUCUGGAGGUUUCUGAGAAUUAUCGCUUGUGCAGCGCGUGAGUAGUGUAAUCAUGAUUGUGCGUAUGCGAGGUCACAUGCAGGAACCACUCAACUCCUACUGAGGCAAACAGUGAUUACGCAGCGGACGCCCGCUUCGGCACGUGCGUCUCAGUGCGUGAACUUCACCAGAUGCAUGGUCUCAUUGAUGGAUCGGUAAUAUAAGGGA